AUGGGCAGCCGCAAGGUGGUGGCGCCGGAGCGCGCGCGGCCGACGGAGAUCCCGCAGCGCAUCGUGGAUCCCACCAGGGUCACAGAUAUCUUCCUCGACUUUGACGGGACGCUCACGGCCUCCAACCAAGCCGGGGUGGCCGGCUACGUACUACCCCUCCUGGAGCCCUGCCGCCACCUUCGCAUCUCUGAUGCCCUGGAAAACGGUGGCACCUUGACUUGGGGGGACUUGGAUCUGCACAUGGCUGCGGCAACUGCAGAGGCGGUUCUGGACUUCUCCGACAGCUCCAUGCUGGGCAGCCGGGAGGUGCGAAGGCAGUUGCAAGGCUCAUUGGAGACCUUGGUGUCACAGGGUUUGCGCCUCCACGUGCUGACCAUGGGAACGCCUCAGACGUGCAAGGCGCUGCUGGCUGCGGGUGGCUACGACGUGGCGCUUUUCAGCAGCUUUCUAGGUCCCACUGAGAUGGCUAGAAACCAAGGGCUGCGGCAUCUCUUUGCCAGCGAGAACGGGAGUUUCCAGUUCGAUGUUCAGGAAGACAUUGAUGCCCUGCAUCAUUUGCAGAGGACCGGAGAGCAGAAUGAGAUCCUGCAGCGCAUCAUGAGCAUGGAGAAGCAGUUGUCCAAGGCGGAUCUCAUCCUCUCUUUGGCCGGACAGGGUGGUGUGCUUGUGGAUGACAACUAUGGGAAGAACAUCUUUGAUGCUAGGGCCAAAGAUGUGAUGUACAUCCAUGUGGACCCUGAAGGGGUCGUGAAUACGAGUGCAGCCAUCAAGGAUUUGGCCGAACUGAUUGCAGGCAAGACAGACGUCGGAGUUACCUCCAGCCAUGAGCCUUGCUCUGUGGGAGUGAAGGUUGUGUAG